AUGGUCCGCGGCAAAGGCGUCGUCAAACGGUCGCAAGAGCGGCAAGACCGACAAGACCGCGCCAACGGGCGAUCUCCAGUCGCAUGCAAUCGAUGUCGCUCCCGAAAGACACGUUGUGCCGGGAGCCCACCACUCCCCUGUGCGGCUUGUGUCGAUGUAGGCGAGACGUGUGUAUAUUCGGAGGCUGAAAAGCGUGUCUCAAUUACGGAGAGAGAAUAUCGUCAAUUGCAAUCGCAGUCUCGUGCACAGUCGCGGACCCAGUCACAGCAAUUUCAGCCACCGUCACAGUCGUCCCAGUCACAAUUUAGAGCAGUACGAGGAUCAUCCAUCGCCGAAAGCGAUUGGCAUACCUCUCCCAGUGCACCGUCAAGUGUGCCAUCUACAGCGGCCUGGUACUCGGAAGGCGAGGUGCCUCUGGAGCGAGAUGACUGGUGGUACAAGGGAACCGGCAAUCUGUUGCUGAACCGAUCAGGAGAACACCACUCUGUGGGCCCAGCCGCGACCGUCCAUCUGGCCGGGCGCCUCAAUCCUGGCUCAACCAAUUUGGCCUGGGAUGUGCGGCCUCUCUACGAUGAUCCUACAUCUCUUCGACGACCCAUCGCGCGUUCAUUACCCCAGCUACCAACCUUGGAAUUCGCUAAACGACUCUUUUGGGUACAAUACGCUUAUAUUGGCACCAUCUUCUCCCUCAUCCACCCAAAGCAGUUUGAAGAACGACUGGAUAUCGUCUAUCGUCAGCCACACGACUUCUCCCAUCGUGAGACCUGCUUGAUCUACUGCCAAGCUCUCCUGGUCAUGGCCUUUGGACUCAUGUAUUCAGUCAACCAGUGGUCGGGAGAUGAGGGUCCCCCCGGUUUCAAGUAUUUCAAAUUUGCGCUGCGAUUCUUGCCAGAUAUCCACGAAGAGGGCUCUAUCUUCUUUGUCGAGGUCUUGUGUUAUGUGGCAUAUUACAUGCAGAAUUUGAACAGACGGGAUGCUGCAUUUAUCUAUAUUGGCCUCGCUCUGCGAAUGGCCAUCUCUCUGGGACUUCACCAAGAGGUUUCGGAUCCUGGAAUUAGUGAGACAGACCGGAAUCGCCGCCGCAGAGCGUGGUGGUCCGUGUAUAGUCUGGACCGGGUUCUCUCUGUUAAAUCUGGUAACCCCAUUACCAUCCAGGAUGAAGAUAUUGGCAUCACCUGGCCCGCUGCAUUAGAUGGAUCAACCACCGACCCAUGGCCAUCAAUUGUGUUGACUUAUUACACACAACUUUCACGUAUCUUAGGGCGAAUUGGCGAACAGAUCUAUCGAAAAAAGCCUCGCUCCGGUUCCAACCUAAUCAUGUCUGUACAGAGCAUCACCAAUGAUCUCGCGAGCUGGCUCCGAUCAAUCCCAGAUGGUCUUCGAAUUGAUUUCAGCACACUCGAUACACAUGUCAACCGUGAGACUGUAUCGAUCAACUUGCACUUUUACUCAUGUGUGAACAUGACUGCGCGUCCCCUCGUAUUUUAUAUCAUCCAACGACGGCUCGAUGCAGCUGCCUCCGGUGCACCCGCUGGAGAUUGGAAAGACGGCUUGGCUCCGAAUACUGUCGCGGUCAUCGACAGCUGUAUUACUGCUGCCCGAGCCACGACUAUGAUCAUGGAUGCCGCCGCCAAACAUAACCUCAUCGCUACGUAUGGAUACCUUGACGGCGACUACAUCUUCUCCGCAGCGCUACUGCUCGUCAUGGUCAACGCGGCAUUCCCAUAUAACGAGGCCAAUAUGAGGUCGAUGGAGGCGGCCCUCAGUCUUCUCCGGAGCAUGGCCGACAGAGGAAAUACCUAUCUGGGAUCCCGACAUGCCCUGCUUCUAGAGCUCCGUGCGGCCAUUGACCCCAAACCCACUGCACCAAACGAUGUUGAGCAACCUAGUCCUCGUGUAGAUAUCCCCGACACGCCCAAGAGUAACCAGCCAGAGAGUCCUGGAAUGGAAGCACCGAUGCCUCACCCACCUCCGGUUAUGAUUGAUGACUGGUUGCAUCCUAUUGGAUUUCCUUCGUUGGAGGAUAUUUCUUUCCAGAUUGAUCUCGAUGACGAUCCGGCACUGUGGGAGGGUGCGUUGGAUCAGAUUGAUAUUGAUAUGGAUACAGAUUGGAUUGAGAAUACUUUGAGACGAUAG